AUGUCAAGUAAACGUCGUCCCAACGGCGCUAGUAACGUAGCAGAGGCAAAAGCACCACAUAAUACAACAAUGCCGAACGGGCCUGUCAAUGGAAUUAAAGUCGGUGAAAACGAUCCACACAAAGUGAUCAAGGUGGUUGCUAGUGAUGGAAAAACUGGAGAAGAGUUUGAUUUAUCUUACACUGUUACCAAAGUAAUUGGAAAUGGUUCCUUCGGUGUAGUAUUUCAAGCAAAACUAAUUAAUUCAGGUGACGAGACCGCAAUAAAAAAAGUACUUCAAGAUAAACGGUUUAAGCGAGAUGAAGUUUAUCUCAACCUCGUACUCGAAUAUGUCCCUGAAACUGUUUAUAGAGCAUCCAGAAUGUACACUAAAAGCAAACAAACAAUGCCAAUGCUUUACGUUUGGUCAACGGGCUGUGUUAUGGCCGAAUUAAUGCUCGGACAGCCUCUAUUCCCCGGAGAAAGUGGUAUUGAUCAAUUGGUAGAAAUUAUCAAAGUUUUAGGUACACCUACAAAAGAGCAAAUCAAAACCAUGAAUCCGAACUAUAUGGAGCAUAAAUUCCCUCAAAUCAAACCUCAUCCAUUUUCAAAGGUCUUCCGCGCUAGGACACCACCCGAGGCUAUUGAUCUUAUAUCUCGCCUUCUGGAUUAUACCCCAUCUAACCGGUUGACAGCAAUUGAGGCAAUGUGUCAUCCAUUCUUUGAUGAACUUCGAAAUCCAGAAACGAGACUUCCUACUGGAAAGGAACUACCAAAACUUUUUGAUUUUACUGAACAAG